CAGACCGCUCAGCACACACUCCAUCACCCUGAUGUCUUUUGUGUGAACAGUAGACUCUGCCUCUUCUCCUCUGUCUCCUCCUCUGUCUUCCCCUCCAACACUCCCUUCUCCCAUCCUCCCCUCCAUCACCCUCUGUACCAUUCUCCCUCCGUCCCUGCCCUUUGCAGGUGCUAGCAGCCGGUGUGUCUACCACACUGGAGUUAGGUUUUUUAAUAAGAAAUUUAUCUAGACCUUCCCCACCCAAAGUAGAUAUGUGUACAGGUGACCCAGGAGAACCCAUGCCUGCAGCAAGCCCCUGAUUUUACAUCUAGAGAUUGGCAGACCCUCCCCCAUGCUGUCUAUUCAUUCAUAGCAUCCUCUGAGCCCCUUACUACUCCACUUCCAUCCUGCUCUUCCCCUUUGUUCCUGCUCUUCUCUCCCAGAUGCUUUGAUGCUUCCCUCUUUGUCCUGCAUCCUCCUCUUCUGACAGGCGUCCUACGGGCCCCUCCAUCUUACCAGUCACCCCACUGGGUGCCAUGAUAUCCCCUAAGGAUAAAAGCAAAGUUCGCCCUCCCAAGGACAGUAUGACUCUGUUGCCUUGCUUCUAUUUUGUAGAGCUGCCAAUUGUGGCCUCCUCCAUAGUUUCUUUAUAUUUUCUGGAGCUAACAGACAUAUUCAGGCCAGCUCAAGGUGGAUUCCAGUGUCAUGACCGGUCACUUUCCAUGCCUUAUGUUGAAACCAAUGAAGAGCUCAUUCCUCUUCUCAUGUUGCUGAGCCUUGCAUUUGCUGCUCCUGCAGCCUCUAUUAUGGUCGGAGAAGGAGUCUUAUAUUGUAUACAGUCCAAACUGAAGGGCCAUGGAAGCUCUGAAGGAAGCAUUAAUGCGGGUGGUUGCAAUUUCAACUCCUUCCUGCGCAGGACAGUGCGUUUUGUGGGUGUCCAUGUUUUUGGACUAUGCGCCACUGCAUUGGUCACUGAUGUUAUUCAGCUUGCAACGGGAUACCAUGCUCCUUUCUUCCUCACCGUGUGUAAACCUAACUAUACCCGCCUUGGUACCUCUUGUGCAACAAAUCCUUAUAUCACCCAAGACAUCUGCACAGGCAGCGACCAACAUGCCAUUUUGUCUGCCAGGAAGACAUUUCCUUCACAACAUGCCACACUUUCAGCAUUUGCGGCUGUCUAUGUGUCUAUGUACUUUAACUCCAUCAUAACAGACAGUACAAAACUUCUAAAACCACUGCUGGUUUUCUCCUUUUCCAUUGCUGCUGGAGUAUGUGGCUUAACGCAAAUAACUCAAUAUCGUAGUCACCCCGUAGAUGUGUAUGCCGGAUUUCUUAUUGGAGCAGGAAUAGCUGCCUAUUUGGCUUACCAUGCUGUGGGUAAUUUUCGGGCAUCCUCAGAUGAAACGUCUCCAAAAGCCACCAGUAAGGAUCCUCUCCGUGCUUUAACUCAGCGAGGACAUGAGUCUGUAUACCACCAAAAUAAAUCUUCAAGCACUGAUGAACUCGCUCCUCGUCCUCGAAGUCAAGCAACACAGCGUCAGGUUCAACGUGAGAAGAAUUCUCUUGGAAGCCUCAAACGUGCCAGUGUCGAUGUUGAUUUACUAGCCCCCAGGAGUCCAAUGGGAAAAGAAAAUAUGGUAACUUUUAGUAACACUCUACCUCGCGUUAGUACUCCAUCUAUGGAGGACACUGCUCGCCGCCACAUGACUAUACAUGUGCCUGCUGAAGGAUCACGUCCACCUCGAGCUCCAGGCGUUGAAUGGAAACCAAAACCUUUAGAAGGCCGUAGCCUUACACUUGGGGAAGAAGUAGCAUUAGCACAGGCUCAUCGGCGGGCAGCAUCUGAAACCUCUGGUAUUGUUCUUGAUGAGCCAGAUCCUGACAGAGCACCACCAUCACUUUAUCCCACAAUACAAGCAAGGACAGCAGGGCCACGUGUUCUUAUCCAACCAAGACCUGCAGCUCCCCCUCUUCUUCACAUACCUGAAGAAAACCAAACUGGUUCACCCAAGGGAAGCUCUGCCAUAAGGGCUAAGUGGAUGAUGAUGGCAGAAAAAGGAGGUGCACCUCGAGCUACUACAAAUGCGCCAAGGCUCAUGCAGGUAAUUGCAAUGUCAAAGCAACAACAACAGCCAGGAGCAUCAUUGGUGUCUAGUACACCUAAACAUUCUGAAACCUCUUCAUCUUCUACAACAAGUAGUUCUGAUUCAUCACAAUAUCGCUCACCCUCAGAGAGGGAUAGUUCAAGUAUUGUCACAAUUGAUGCCCAUGCUCCUCACCACCCAGUAGUUCAUCUCUCUUCAGGCAAUGGCCCAUGGGAGUGGAAAGCUGCACAGAAGACUGGUGAGACCCAAGAAUCAGGUACCUAUGAUAUGAGUAAGGACUAUCGUGGCUACAGGACACCAAAGGGUGCAGGUGUGUCCCCAGGUUCUUCAAUUAGUGACCUAGAACCUGAUUCAGAACCACGAUGUGGGCCAACUGUCAAUGUUGCCGGAGGCGUGCCAACGCCCCUAGUAGCCGAGACUGUUGGCAUUGCUUCAAGCCGAGAAGCUAGUCUAAGGAGGAAACCACAAGUAGCAGAAAGAGAGGGAAGUGAAGAAGCAGAAGAACCUUUUUAUAAGAAGCUUCAGAACCAGAGGUUCAAGGAAUGAUUAAAGGCUGUCGAUGAACAAAGUUGUAAAUAUAUUGGCAUGUUUGACACAGAAGAGACAACAAAGAAAACUGCAGCAUAUCACUGCCCAAUAAGCAUGAAAAAUACUCCAGUACAGAAGUGGCGAAAAAUCACACCAAACGUUCCUUUUUAUAUUAAAAGAUACUUCAUAUAAAAUAAUUAUCUCGCAGUGAUGUAUUCAGUUGCCUUUCUUAGGCCGCUUUCACAAUACAGGUAUCAUCCUGAAAAACCUCCGUCAUUACUUCCAUCAAAUAGUCCUGAAAAUGGCCAUCAAAAAAUCCCAUUCAUGUCAAUGGGAUUUUUUGACCAUCCUUUUGCAUCAGGUAUGUCCGUUUUUGUUAUUUCCGUUAUUCUUGCAGGCACAAAGACUGUGCAUGCACUAAUUUCGGUUCCGGUAAAAAUAAAAUAACGGUGAAAUAACGUCCAUUAAAAUUUAACAUUCAAGUCUAUGGGAAACGGAUCUUCACAAAAAAACAUCCAUUAUUAUCCUUUUUUUUUAUGAUCCAUUUUUUGUAUUGAACAUGCUCAGUACAGCAUUACAACCAGGAAGUCACAUGGAAAUAAAAUAACGGACUAUAAUGGGUGAUAACGGAUGGCACAUGUCUGUUAUUUUGACAGAAUAUCCGUUAAAAUUUGUCAUCAGUUAUCAUCCGUUGUAUUCAGUUAUUUUAUCAAUUUUUUUAUUUUUAUCAAUUUUUUAUUGCUGAAUAACAGAUUUAGAAUGCAGGAACAUAACUGUAGUUUGAAAGGGGCCUUAACUGGACAGAAUGUUGAAAGCAUUGGAUUGGACUUUGUUUUUUAAUUUAUUUAAUAGAAUACUAAAAUUAAUGUAUAAAAUAUUCUUAAAGCAUUCACAAAAACACUCACAUUGUUUUCGUACUUUGAUAAUACUGACACGACUAGUACCUCGGGAAACACUUUUUUCCUCUGGUGGAAACUGUUCAGGAAGUGUGAACGAAAUGGAAAAUGUUAUGCUCUGCUUGUGUUUCAAAAUGUACUUUCAUAUCUAAGUGAUGGGCAUUUUUCUCAAGAACAGCAGUCAACAAAGGAAAUAUUUAAAAUUUUCAGCAUCGAGAAAGCAAAGACUAAUACUGAGCAAUGGUGUCACAAGUUGUCUGUAAAAUGUGUGGCCAAUGUGAGGAAAGGUAAGGCAUAAUAAGUACAGUAAAGUUCCAUCAAUAUAGCACCCAAAUCCAUGAAUGCUGGAUUAUCUGACUGUUGCUGUACAAGUUGCCUUUUGUGCCAGUAAAUCUUAACAACACAAAUAUGUAAAUUAUCCAUGAACAUUCCAGAAACAAAGAUGUUUGGAAAAUCUCCUAAAAAGUAUGAGACAUGUUUUACUAGCCUUUUUGUAUACCUACAGAGGAGACUACUAUUGAUAUUGAUCGUAAUGCGGAAAUAUGUCUUUGUCUAUUGAUAUGUCUUUUCAAGGAUGUGGCAUGUCUACACACAAUGUUAAAGGCAUUGACAGCAGAAGUCUUCCUCCAGGUUGGAGGUAUAAAAACUCAUAUUUUCUGGAUUUACAUUAAUUACUAUUGCUUAAAGGAGUAGUCCAGUGGUGAAAAAUGUAUCCCCUAUCCUAAGGAUAAGGGAUAAGUUUCAGAUCAUGGGGGGUGCAACCCCUGGGGCCCCCCGCGAUCUCCUCUAUGGGGCCCCGGCAGCCCGUGGGAAGGGAGCGUGUUGACCACAGCACGAAGCGGUGGCU